UGUCCACCUGGGUCGCGGGCUCUUAGGCAACUAAACUCGCUGAGAUGGCCUGGGCAUUUCCCGCGUGUGAUCUACAAAUAUUGACUAGGCUGUCCUCAUCCUGCUGUCGGAAACUCUGCCUAGCAGAGAAGACGAGACGGUACAACUUGAUCAGUCAGUGCCCGAAAAGAAGUCCUGAUGGGACUACAAAGGAGUGAGUGGGUCAUCAGGGAAGUGUAUUUGAACUGGCUCUUGAAGGAUAUUUGGCUAAGGCAUUCCUCCUUGGGGGGAGAACGUGGGUUUUGUUGGAACAAAGGGUAGCCAGAUCAUGGCACGAGAGGUUAAGAACAUCAUAACUUUACUCGAUGGGCUAGGAAGAAGCACGAACGAGUUUUGGAACACCGAAGUGACUGUCAAGUCUGGUCGUAUAUAAGAAAGAAACCAAGUAAAAGGCUGGAGAGAGUAGUUUUUUAAAAGGAUGUGAACUGGUAAUUCACAGGAAAGAAACCUCCCUCAUAUAUCACCCUCACAACCUGCUGAUAAAACCAUGCCGGUUUAUUGCUUACCGCGGAAGGAGAGCAACACCUCGACAGACCUUUGGCAGUGACUCUUAUGAAAGAAAGAUUAUUUUUCACAAUCAAAAAUAGCAAAGCAAAAUAAGCCACGAUGUCUGUUGAUCCAAUGACCUAUGAGGCCCAGUUCUUUGGCUUCACACCACAAACUUGCAUGCUUAGGAUCUACAUUGCAUUUCAAGACUACCUCUUUGAAGUGAUGCAGGCUGUCGAGCAGGUUAUUCUGAAGAAGCUGGAUGGUAUCCCAGACUGUGAGAUUAGCCCAGUCCAGAUUCGUAAAUGCACGGAGAAGUUUCUUUGCUUCAUGAAAGGACGUUUUGAUAACCUUUUUGGCAAAAUGGAGCAGCUAUUUUUGCAGUUGAUUUUGCGUAUUCCCCCAAACAUCUUGCUUCCUGAAGAUAAAUGUAAGGAGAUACAUCCUUAUAGUGAGGAAGAAUUCCAGCUUCUUCAAAAAGAAAUUGAACAGUUACAGGAGAAGUAUAAGACUGAAUUAUGUACUAAGCAGGCCCUUCUUGCAGAAUUAGAAGAGCAAAAAAUUGUUCAGACCAAACUCAAACAGACAUUGACUUUGUUUGAUGAGCUUGAAAAUGUUGGCAGAGAUCAUGGGACUAGUGAUUUUAAGGUGAGUUUGGUGUCCCUAGUUCAGAACUCCAGAAAACUACAGAACAUUAAAGACAAUGUGGAAAAGGAAGGCAAAAGACUGAAAAUAUCUUAAUUUCUAACUAGUAAAAAGAAAGAGCCUGUCAGAAAUUAGAAUGGUAAGGAAUUUACACCAAUGACUGUUCAAGCAACUGUAUAUUUUAUUAGAUAUUCUUUUUUCAUUUUUUCUUGUAUUCCACAUCUUCCUCGUUUGGUCCACUCUCCUGAAGUAUCUAUAUACUACCUUGAACUAGUCUUUGAAGCAUCUGUUCCUUAGAGGCCUCUAAUAGGUGGGAAGGGAUUUUUGGUUCAAUAACAGCUCAUUUGGGGGCAUGAUUGAAGAAAUGAAGAUAUGACCAGUCAAAGAUAUUUGUAUAGUUGUACCUUGUUCAUGAGUCUUUUGUGACCUUGAUCCUUUUGGCUUAUUCUUUGGAUGACACAAAAAGAGAAAAGGGUUAAUGGGUGGCUCCUUUAUUAACCAGUCAUUACACUGUGGGACAGCCAACAUACAGAGCUUGCUCUUGCCCAGUGACUUUUCUUACAUGAGGAAGUUGAUAACUUGUUGAAAGAAGUAACAAAAAAGACAACCUUAAUCUUUGGUAAAAGAGAAAGAAGUUGGUUUUGUUUCCAAAAUAAAUCUUUUCCAUGACUGAGGCCCCGGUGAUGUAAGCAAUUUACUAUCUUGGAGUCUAUCAGGAGAAGAUUUUGAACAAAAAUAAGAUCCCACUGGAAUAGAAAAGGAAGCAGAGCAUACCCAAUUAGUGAAAUUUAUAUUUGCUGGCUGUUAGGAAUUUAUACCUGUGGGUUUUUUUUUUCAUACUUCACUUAGUUUUAGAAUCUGCUUUGUAGCUAAUAUUUAAUUAUCUUAUUUAUUAACAUUCAUAAGCAUCAAAUAUUUGGUACCCUAGUGGGAAUUUUUAGCUGUAUCUUGUGCUUAAAUUCAGUGGAGUCUAAUAUGUCUUUUUGUAAUUGGUCCAUGUGAGAUGUUAGAUUAUCUAAGGAAAGGGAAGAAAUAGCAAUGAUAGCUCUUAAGGUAUUAAAUGCCCUCUGUGUCUUCCUAAAGAACAGGAUUUGGAGUUUCUCUUUUAUGUAGAGAAGGAGUAACUUAGGGUAUUAAUAUUUGUAAUGAAAUAUUCAUAGAUUUAGGAAACCCUUGUUAACCUGAAAUAUAUUCAUUUUCAAGAAGUCCUUUUUCCAGUCCUCUACAUUAAAUAUAUAUGUUUUAAAA